CAACUUCUGAACACCCAUGGGUGAGGCUGUGUGGAGCUACAUCUUCCAGAAAACUGAGUUUCACAAGACCAACCUACUGGAGAAGCUAUGGCUACUUGUCGUCUCUUUCGAGGAAAUGUGUUUCUGUUUUGUUCAUUGUUACUGUUGGCUUGCCUGCUAUGGCCAAUAGUGGUUCAUAUAAAGGACAAGCGUUUAUCACCUGUUACAAAGUUCAGCACAAAAGAUUCUUUGUCUGGUCAAAAAUCAAAGUUAGUAAAUUAUCGGCCAGUAAAUUUCUCAGAGUAUAUAGAUAGCCUUCGUCACGACAUUACCCAACACCAGGCUCUGGAUCCUUACUCCAUUCCCAGAAAUCACAAAGUCAACUCUUAUGACUACUUAUUUCUGAUUGAUGGCCGAAAUAUAUGUCAACGGGAAUCCCCUUUUCUACUGGUUGUCGUACCAUCUGUGUUUGACCACCAAGAGAACCGCAUGGCUAUUCGAGAGACUUGGGGAAGUGUAGUGAGAACGGGUAUGUGGGCUGACGGGACACUGCUACCACUGAUAAAACUCAUCUUCUUAUUUGGAGAAAGACACGACCCAAGCUUGUUCUCCACACUAAAGGAAGAAAACUUGCAGUAUGGAGACAUUGUAUUAGCCAGUUUUGUAGACAGUUACAGAAACCUAACCAUCAAAUCCAUGGCAGCUUUGUAUUGGACCACCCAAUUCUGUCCUGACGCUAAAUAUCUUCUGAAGAACGACGAAGACACCAUUGUCAAUCUGCCACGGCUUGUCGAAUUAUUGAAAGAUAAAGUUCCAAACUCCAUUAUUGGUCACAAAGGUCAAGUACUUAGUGUAACCAGAGAUGGAUAUAUAGAAAAAUGGAUAGUUUCAAAAGAAGAAUAUCCACCUGACAAAUAUCCACCGUACAUUCUAGGAAACUUUUACGCCAUUCCCAAAGAUUUGAUACCAAAAUUAUUCCACGUGUCUCAGUACAUUCCUUAUUUAUCAAUGGAGGACGUGUUUAUUACUGGUGUUGUUCGGGUCACGAUAGGCGCUGGGCUUCAAGGCGUAGAUUCCUGUCUUGACCAGUGUGACUUUAACAUAACGAAGGUAGCUAAUACAGUUGGAAUCUUAAGAAUAAGAGAAGCUUGGGAGAACUUCUCCUACCCUUACAAAGAUAUGAAUGACGCCAGGGAAGAGCGCUCCACCAGACGGACUAAACUCGAGAACAUGUUAGACCCAGGACACAAUGUGGAUUUCGACGUGAGAAUGACAACAUCUAAAAUGAAAGAAAAAAAAUACACAUCUUAA